AUGUCGUUGUCUUCUAUACCAAACACGGGUGUUGCCAUCACCAAUCCUCUGGUCUUGUACCGGGCCCUGCUCGCGACCAACCGUAUAACUCAAGAUCCUGCCCAACAUAGACUUGCUAUCCACCUUCAAAAACUAUAUGAGCGAUUGAAAGACUAUGAACCCACUGUCGAGUACAAGCACAGACUCGAUCAGAUAACACGCGCCGUGGGACCCUCAGUAAACACAAAUGUAGAUCCAGAUCCGACGAAACGAGGUGUCUGGCAAAACCUCAUUGCCCAAAGAGAGAAGCGAGACAGCCUGGCUCUGACAAAAGUCCUCACCAGCCAUGAAGCCGCCAUGAAUCUCGAUUCGCCUCGAGGCCUCAUGCUUCAUGGUGAAGUAGGCACUGGCAAGAGUAUGCUAAUCGAUCUUUUCGCUGACUGCCUGCCAAAUCGGAAGAAGGCUCGUUGGCACUUCAACACCUUUAUGCUAGAUACUUUUGCCAAACUUGAGCAGCUGAGGAGAAGCCGCUUGUCUAGAUCACCUCAAGCCGCUGGUGCUGAUGUGGAAGAGCAUUCGUUGCUCUGGCUCGCUCGUGAUAUGAUCAACAACUCGCCCAUCCUUUUCCUCGACGAAUUCCAACUACCGGAUAGAGCUGCCUCGAAGAUCAUGACCAACUUGAUGACCUCCUUCUUCCAACUCGGCGGUGUGCUUAUAGCAACGAGCAACCGCAUGCCUGAGGAAUUGCACAAAGCCGCUGGUAUGGCAUUUCCACCACCUUCGCGCUUGCAAAGCAUAACCCAAAAACUGGGCUUGGGAAAGGCUGCCAAAGGCAAGAGUGAAAACAUGUUUGCUGGCCAAGGUGAAUUUGCUGGCUUCCUCGAGGUUCUCAAGGCUCGCUGCGAGAUUUGGGAGAUGAGCAGCGGCAAAGACUAUCGCAGAUAUGAAGCCAGCUCGCAAGCACCUCCUCCUAUUGCCGAAGAAGACCGAUUUGAAGAUGUCACAGACCUGGAAGCAUUUGAGAGCGACUCUGCCAUCUCUGCUACUCCGCAAGAGGCUGCAAAGGAAACUUCAGAAACACCAGUCGAGACCACACGAGCACCUACCUACUUCCUGAUCAAACCCGAACCCACGGCAUCAGAAGAAGAACAAGCAACCUUCGCCACCAACCUCGCACAAGUCGAACAAACACUCCUCGGCACCUCUUCCUCAUCCAUAAACUGGCAACCCUCCAGCCUCCGCGUCUACGGCCGCACCAUCCCCGUCCCUCGCUCCCACGCCGGCAUUUCCUCCUGGACGUUCGCUGAACUCUGUGCUUCGGCUCUCGGUCCCGCAGACUACAUCACCCUCGCCUCAACCUACCACACCAUAAUUCUCUCUUCGGUGCCCAUCCUCUCUCUACUUCAGAAAAACGAAGCCAGGCGCUUUAUAACGCUUCUGGACGCCCUCUACGAGGCUCGCUGUAAAUUACUCAUCACACACGCCCACGCCGGCCCUGAUGAAAUCUUUUUCCCCGAAAAGGCCGCAGGAGCGGAAGCACAGCAAGAUGCAGUCUACGCCGAAACAUUCGCAGAAGCAUAUCAAGACGCCACUGCUCCCUUCCGCCCCAACAUUCUCUCUUCCAACCCCGAUUACUCGGAGCCUUCUUCGCAACCAGACUACACCCACUCACGCUUUUCGCCACUGCUUGCCGCAGACUCCCUCGAAGAUGAUCCACCCAAUCGCAUCAGACGCAUUUCAGAACGUGAACGCGGACCCGUAGACCCAGACGACGAUUUGAGAAUGCGAGGAUUGCGCCAAGGCAACAGCGGUCCCGAUUUCAGCAAUGUGCGAUCUUUCACCGGCGAAGACGAACGCUUUGCCUAUCGCCGCGCUCAAUCCCGUCUCUGGGAAAUGUGUGGUAGGAAGUGGUGGUUGCGCGACGAGGAAAACUGGCAUAGACCUCUUGCUGCUUCCAUACGCACUUGGGAGGUUUCUGCACCUUCUGUUGCCCUCCCUUCCUCUGAGCCUUCGCAUGCAGAAGCGGGUAAUGAUGCAGUAAUGGGCGAUUCGAGAAAUGUGGAUGAGGUUAACGAUGAAGUCAUGUUUAGACAUGGAGCGAGUCCGUUUAGACGGUCUGAAGAGCCGCCGCCUAAAUUUUCUUGGACGCACAUUUGGGGCACUAUGAAGUGGGGCAAGAAGGCUGGAGCUUGGGGCCAGGGUGUUGAGGGCUUGAAGGAUAGGAAGAAGGAGAGCAAGUAG